UGUUGCUGCACACAGCUCGUUUAAAGCGUGAAAUCAGCGAUCAAACAGUGCAGCAAAAAAAUUAAAUAAAUAAAUAAAUAAUCAAACCAGUUUCUUCAAUCAGUGCUCAAAUUAGUCACAUAACUGACUCGUUUAUUCCAGGAAAAGCAAUCGAUCGUGGUUCACUCGAGCAGCAAGAGGGAUAGGAAGAUGGCAUCCACUGAGCAACCUGAUCCGCCAACACAGCCUGGCCUUCCACCUGGAGACGAUGCAUCGGCUCCCCCCAGAGAAGCACUGAUUACCACUGCUGUAAAAUUUCUACAGAACCCCAAAGUACGCCAGAGUCCCAUGGCCACCAGAAAAGCCUUCUUGAAGAAAAAAGGUCUGACUGAUGAGGAGGUAGAGUUGGCCAUCCAGCGCUCUGGCAGCACGGAAGAGGUCCUUACUGUCAGCACUGUGGGACCUCAGCAUCCAGUCCACAUCACCCAGAUGGCUCACGGACCACACGGUCCAGUAGGCUACAGAUGGAGAGACUAUGGUGCCCUCACCAUCAUCAUGGUGGGCAUGGCGUUUGGCUUGCACCAUCUAUACAAGAAAUACAUCCUUCCCCUCAUUAUGGGUAGCCGAGAGGACAAGAAGCAUCUGCAGAGGAUGGAGAGCAACAUCGCGGCGAUGAGUGGCACGCUGACACAGACAGUCAGCCAGCUCCAGCAGACCCUGGCCUCAGUCCAGGAGCUUCUGGUCCAGCAGCAGCAGAAAAUCCAGGAGCUCUCCCAGGAAUUGGCCACGGCAGAGGCAUCAUCUGCAACCAACCGCAUCCUGGACAGCCAAACAAUUGGAGAGCUGAAGGCUGAGAUAGUCUCUUUGAAGGGCUUACUGCUCAGCAGGAGACAGUUCCCCACCACUCCCACCAUUCCUAAGAUCCCCUCUUGGCAGAUUCCCCUGAAGCCGCCCUCGGCCUCUGGCUCGCCGUCCGUUAACCACACCAACAGCAGCAGUGACAUCUCCCCUGUUAGCAAUGAGUCGGCCAACUCCUCCCCCGUCAAAGAUGGUCACCACACUCCCCAGGAUGCAUUAGGGGGGCCUGACGGGGCCCACGGUAUCAAUGGAGAUGCCGGUGCUUUGAAUUUGGGGGCCACGCUCCCCUUGGACCUGAAGGACCAGGUCCGCAUGGAGGUGCAGGGGGAGGAGGAGAAGAAAGAAGAGGAGGAGGAGGAGGAGGAGGAGGAGGAAGAGGAGGAGGAGGAUGUCAGCCAUGUGGAGGAGGAGGGUCUGAGCAUGCAGACAGAGGAUCGGCGAGGUGGGGAUGGACAGAUUAACGAACAGGUGGACAAACUGAGGCGGCCUGAGGGGGCCAGCAAUGAGAGCGAGGUGGAUUAGACCACAGCACAAAGCACAGCAACACUCUCCAAACACCACUUCUCAUCUCAGCCGAUGGCUUUGUUUCACUCUGCUGCUCUGCAUUUAUUCUCUUUUAUGUUAGUUAGUUUAUGUUGGCGUUUUUUUUUUUUUUUUUAAUCUAUUUUUGUUUUGUUGCCGUCUCUCUGUAACACCUUAAUCUGGAGCAAAAAGUGCAGUGGGCAGGGUUGUGUGAAGAGGCAAAGAGACAAACAUUGGUGUGUCUAGUUGACACGGCUUACCUCAAUUUACUUUUCAUCGUGCAAACUAAAUGACUGCAUGCCUUGGCAAGUAUCACAUUGUGAAGUUUCGCUUCAAUGAGAAAUGAGGAAUAUUCAGCUCAAAAUUACUUCAAAAAAAUUAUAUGCAGUACUAACCGUGGGACUCUGCUUUUGAUUUUCAUAACUUGACGAGCUAAUAUGCUGCUUAGCCAAGAUGUGCUUGUUGUAAUUGUACUGAGGCUCUUUCUAAGGCUCUCUCAUAGACCAAAGAAGCAGUGCUGCACAAGAAUGCUCCUCUUUAAACUGCAGAUAUAGGUCAGGAGUCAUAUGGUGGGACUUCUCUGUCAAAGUUCCCAUAAGGUUGCAGGGAGGCAUUUAGCAGAGCUCAUCUCCCAGUUAGUGGCAAUAGGAGAGGACAAGCUCUUCCAGGGCCAGAGCUUUUAGCCUCUUUUAUGUGUCCUUUUGCAUUGGUGUCAGUCUGUCAAUAAUUCACAAGGCCAGCAGAGUGGCAUUUGGGUGAAAUAAAAGCCCUGAAAUUUGAGAUUAGAAUGUGAUGACGGGCUUUGUUCCAUGCCGGUGUCAGAGAGUGCUCAUACGCUCAAAGGAGGGGAAGAUAAAUGUUUUUCCCCCGCUUUCUUUCUCUUUUUUUUCUUUUUCUUUUUUCACUGAGGGCUGAAUUGUGCAUCUCUGCGACUGUGUUUGUGUGUGGCAGGCGAGAAAGCCCAGGCUGUCUGCUCAGCUGCAUCUGUGUCUCCAGCAGGGCAGCUGAUUUGGUUUGUGAAGUAUGUUAAUAAUCAAAUGAUCAACAAAUAACAGAUGUAUUAGUUCAUGCAGCUUGAAAUGUCAAGGAGGCUAAAAGCGGAAAUCUAAUACUGAAAGCCCUGUUGCAUUAUAUUAUUUUCCGUGACAAACCCUCCGGUCCAAAUUAUGGAGGGCCUCCCACAGUGAGUAAUCUUUAUGGAAAACGGCGCCAAUAUUUUGUAAUUAAACUGCGGUAAGACAAUGAACGCUGCCACGGAUGGAAGUUGCAGAACUCUUAUCACUUCUUUUUUUUUUUUUUUUUUUUUACUUUUUUUGCUCAGUGUGGGAGGUGGACGGUGUCGAAGAGUGAGGUUGAAAAAAAUGCCCCAUGAUUGAAAAAGAAAGUAAUAAAUGAAUACUUGACUUAUCGAAUUACUCACUCAGUCUCCAGCUGACAGGAAAAGAGUCCUGAGUUAGAAGAAGGGACAUCAGUUGUUGUGGCAUUUUCACUUUCAUCACAUACGAGCACAGCAAACGCAGAGGGACACUGAGCAUUUUUGUGUGACACCAGUCAUAAUCAGCAGGCUGCCACACACCUGAUUACUUAGGUUAAAAGUAACAGAAUGACAUAAUACUGUAAAUGAGAUUUUUGUUUGUUUGUUUGUUUUAUUUCAUCAGAACUUGCGUGUGAGUGAAUAAGGCUGGCUGGUAAGAAAUGUACUGAAUGAAGAGGUUUUAAGCGUCACUUAUGCCUUUGAGCCACUGUAGUUUCAGUGAUUGGUCCUCUUUGUACCCCACUUGUAACUGUAUGGACUUCUGAUAUCAGCCACACAUGUAUAUAAUUGUAAUAAAUUCCAUUUAUCACUACU